UCUAACCCUCCUACCUCGCCCAACUCUGCAACUUCACCCGUAUCCCCAAAAUCUUCAUCGAAAAUUCCAAGAAGGAUCAGCUCCAAAAGGAUUGCUCUUCCCAAUUUAAAAUCUGCACUGGAAAGGGCGGUUAAGGCCAGAGGGAAAACAUACUCCCAAAUUACGGCCUUCGUUUGUUAUUGGGACGACGACAACACUUGUGCUCAAGAAGAUGGAGAAACCUUUUCCCAUAUGAUGGCUGAUCUUUUCGGAGUUGCCAGCCAAACAUUUGUUAUGAACCACGAAAAUCCCGUUCCAGGCUGGGAUUUGGGAGAUCGCCUGCAUCAAGAAGUUGUGUCCAAACACCGCAUUUGCAAACCAACGCUCUUCAUUUUUUUUUACGCUGGCCACGGUACGAUCAAUCAACUCAACGAACUUUCUUUUACCGCGACCAAGAAGGAAAAAUUUGUUCCAUGGCGCACCAUCGAUCGUGAAUUGAGUUACCACACUUAUUCUAUGGAUACCUUCUGCAUCCUAGAUUGUUAUUAUUCCUGUACUGCUAUUGCGAGCAACCCGAUGACAACCCAUAUCUUAGCUGCUUGUGGCUCUUCGGCGUUUGCGAGAUCCCGUGUAAAUGGAAUAUCCUUUACACAGCGAGUUGCGCGGACUAUACGAAAGCUUUCUCACUCUGGCAAGAUAUCUACCUCGACAGAUGAAAUUUCCGAUGCGGUACAGAAUGAAACUCCUCGUGGCUGCUACAUACCAAGAUUUUCGAGUCAUAAUGGGGUGAAUCCCAUUGUGUUACCUUUCCACGUCACGUCUACUUCAACUCCUCCUUCGCCAAGAAUUUCGUCUUCUGGUCAUGCCUCAAUGAAAAUCACAGAUGCCUAUGAAACCAAUGCAUCUGCGGGGGUCUUUGUACGCAUGACUUGGGAAGCAUAUGCACGAUUCUCGUCAAGCGUAGAACUAGACGCACUACUUCCUGUGAUCGGACCAUCACUGAUUCGCACACAUGAGCUCCGCGAGAUUUCGGUCCGAGCUGGCCGAGAAAACAUUCCAUUCGGAGAUCGGCCCCAAGACAAGGCAUAA